CAGAGCUGGGCUGCAGGGCCGCGCAGGUUUCACUUCGCUCCGCGCAGCCGCCGGGUCUGCAGUUUGUUGGAGCUCUGCGUCCAGCGCCGCUGCCGCCGCCGCCGCCGCCACUACCACCACUUGAUUCUUGCAGCCACCCUGCGAACCCUGCCACACUGCGAUCGCAUCAUCGGGGUAUUCGGUUCGCUGCGUUCCCGCCGCCACCGCCUCGGCGCCCUUCCCUUGGCCCUUGUUCCCCCAAAUGUCUGACUCUGACUCUCGGACUGAGAAACGCAAGAAAAAAAGACCAAAUGGCAAAGCAACCUUCUGAUGUAAGUUCUGAGUGUGACCGAGAAGGUAGACAAUUGCAGCCUGCGGAGAGGCCUCCCCAGCUCAGACCUGGGGCCCCUACCUCCCUACAGACAGAGCCACAAGGUAAUCCUGAAGGCAAUCACGGAGGUGAAGGGGACAGCUGCCCCCACGGCAGCCCUCAGGGCCCGCUGGCCCCACCGGCCAGCCCUGGCCCUUUUGCUACCAGAUCCCCGCUUUUCAUCUUUAUGAGAAGAUCCUCCCUGCUGUCUCGAUCCUCCAGUGGGUAUUUCUCUUUUGACACAGACAGGAGCCCAGCACCCAUGAGUUGUGACAAAUCAACACAAACCCCAAGUCCUCCUUGCCAGGCCUUCAACCACUAUCUCAGUGCAAUGGCUUCCAUGAGGCAGGCUGAACCUGCAGAUAUGCGCCCGGAGAUAUGGAUUGCCCAAGAGUUGCGGCGUAUCGGAGACGAGUUUAACGCUUACUAUGCAAGGAGGGUAUUUUUGAAUAAUUACCAAGCAGCCGAAGACCACCCACGAAUGGUUAUCUUACGACUGUUACGUUACAUUGUCCGCCUGGUGUGGAGAAUGCAUUGACAGGUUCUUUGCGGAGCCGAGCUACGGCUCCGUGCAGACAUUUUGCUUGUUCCAACCAACAAGACCCAGCACCGCGGUCUGCUGGUGCCAUUAUUAGGCAGCCAGAGGUUCUCUCGUGGAGGGGCAGGUGACAUGUUCAGAAGACACCGAGCUGGAUGGGACUACCUUUCUGUUCAUCACCACACAGCAGAAUUUCUAAUGGAAGUUUGUUGUGAAUGUAAAGGAAGGAGCAUUCUUUGCUUUUUAAUGUACAAACCAUGGUUUUUUGGAGCAGGAUUUUGUGUAAGAAUGGUGUUUACAUGCAGUGUAUUUUCCCCCUCACCUUCAAUAAGGUUUUUCAAAAAGGAAAUGGAAACUUUUUAACCAAUUUGUGAAUAAUUUUUGUAUUAAAAUUUUAAGAACCUAUGGCCUAUUCUCAGGGGAUUAUGUAAACCCUGCAGUAGAAACUGAGCCAGCUAACUUAAAAAGCUGCCUUAGUUUAUUUUUAGAGAUUACAGAAUUUUUAAACAGGGAGAGGUGUGAUAUACUCCCUUCCUUCCCUACUAUUGCCUGUUUGACCUUUUUAAAUUAUUUUUAAUACCAAAAGAGUUCUUUUGAUUUAAUCAGUUGAUUAAAAGGGCAGAGGGUCUGUUGUCAGCCUGCAUGGAUAUGCCAGUCCCAUUUGUAAAUAUUUACGUACCUUUAUAAAUUCAGUUGCAUCUGUGGCAAAAUUUCAGACUAUUUUUGCGUCUUUCCUCAUCACUUUUUGUGAUGCACCUCCAGUCUGGACUCAGAUGCAUAGAUUUGGUCCAGUGUAUUUUCAUGAUAAAGUGAAAUUGAGUCAGAACAAGAGUUAGUAUCUGCCUGUGUCUUGCACAGUUUGAGCGAUCUGUUAUUAACUGGGAAGCAUUUGGUGUUGGUUUUCAUUCCAUUUCAAUGAGCAUGUUAUUGGGAAGUAUUGUGAAGAGGCAAUAGCAGUAAUAACAACAGACAAGUGCUACGCCCCUUUGUGCUGCUGGCUUUUCUGGUUGCAGGCUUUCCCAUGGUCACAGGAUGCACUGUCAGCAUCAGGUCCCAGAGGGCCACUGUGUCCAUUACAGCAGAGUCCAGCUGCAGCAUCCAGCUCACACCCUCAUGGGAAUUGGCACAGGCCUGGGACAGGGCUUCUGAUGGCCAUUUGCUUGGCCUCCUGCAUUUUAGUCCAACUCACAGUCCACUAGCCUCACUCCUUUAAAUUCACUUUGAAACAUAGGCUUCAUCCCACUUCCACCAGCACCAUAGAAGAAGAAUUCUGGGCAGAAGUCUGUUUUUUUCAUUCUUCCAGGACAGUUGGAUAUUGUCAGGCCACUCGUGCCCCCAGCCGUGUAGUGAGGGUGCUCUUUCUCUGUGCCUGCUCCUUAUGAGUGCAAUGGAAGGAAGCCACACACUGGUCAGUCAUUUCAGAGGCAGCAGACACCCAGGGAGACCUAAGAAAGAGUCAGGUUAGGGAGCAGUGAAAGUGAGGAGGGAAGACAAUUCUGUGAACUCUGUAACUCUUAAAAUUUUUGAAAACUCCAAUCAUUAAACAACUUUUAAAAGAAAUAACUAAAUUUUCAAAUGAGUCAGCAGUGCCAGCAACUAGUGUUUUGCCCAAUAGAAGAGCCAGCAUGUUCACGUUAUUUAAAUUAGGUGGAAAAAUCUAAACAUUUGUAUCUUCAUAAUUUAAAAAAUAUAUAUGUAUAUAUUGCAUAUUCACUUUUUCCUUUAGGUAGAGAUGAUUUCAUUCCAAAUACUCUUACUUUAAAAAAUUUCCUUUCCCCAAGAAUCUCCUUGGGACUUUGACUUAUUUUUAAAGCUGUGUUGGAGCUCAGCUUGUUCCCUGAUGUGUCUCGAGCCCAUUUGUAGGGCCACACAAAGCCCACGGUUACAAGCAGUGGUAGGAUUGCAGCUGUGGGCCUGCUGGACACACACACACACCAAAGAUGUAUUUGGAUCUGGGCGCCCCCUCCCAGGAUCGCUGUACUCAUGUGCCAGUCUCCUGACUAGAGCACUUUACUCUGUUUCCUCAGCCCUGCAGCCCCUGGAGCACACACUGGGUGCAGCCCUGGGCCAGGCACGGGAGGCCCUGCCCUGUGCUGCCCAGGGGCUGUGUGCAUCACACGAGCGCAUUUCCCUCUGGCCUGGUGGCCUCCAGGCUGGCUGUGGAAACAGUUCCUGAGGAAAUUAGAGAUUCUAUGAAUUGUAGGAGUAUUAAAGAACAGGCUGUUGGCACCAGAACUUAAAGCGAUGACUGGAUGUCUCUGUACUGUAUGUAUCUGGUUAUCAAGAUGCCUCUGCAGAAAGUAUGCCUCCUGUGGGUAUACAUUUUUACCUUUUUUUAAAAACGUUUUUGUAGAAAAAAUAAUUAAAUCCCCUUUUUGGAAACUUAAUGCAGGUUUUGUGCCUUGACAACCUCUUCCUAUGUGAGGUUUGUAAAAAGUGUCCUGUGACUUAACACAGAAACGCAAUAAACACAAAAAAUAGUUUCAUGAGUGAUUCUUCAGAUGUCCUUUCCAGAAACCAGCUGAUGAAGAAUUUUGGGGGUGGGGGUUGUGGAGAAAUCAAGUUUAAAAUUCCUUCUGAUUAAAAAAAUAUAGUGGAAUACAAUUGUCUGCCGUUUCCCCUUCUUAAUGUAUAUAUUGUGAGUAUUUAUUAGAUUCGUAGGUCAUAUUACUUACCAACUGAGCCAAAUGUCUGUGUGCAAUUGUGUUUCCUUUACCUUUCUUGUAAAAUUUUGUACAGCAUAAAUAAGUAAAAAAAAAAUCACUGUUUUUCUAAACUUUUUCAAAAUCAAGGAUUGUAAAUAUUGUAGAUUAUUUUUCUGUGUGAUGUGUCCUACUGUUUCAUAAUGCUGUAACUUGUAGAAAUAUUGUAUAUUUAUUUUCUGCUUAUUUAAUGUCUUAAUUUCUGAAAAGUAUUAACAUCCCUGUCUCCCACCCCCCUGCCAUCCCACGAAGUUAACUCCUGAGAGGUGUUGGGGGUGACUGGAGAGCUCACUGCAGACCACAUGGUCCUCCAGGGUGGCUCUCCAGCUUUGGGUCCUGGUAUUUCCAGUCAAGUGGGUUUCAAUUCUUGGGCUUUGCCGCCCUUAUGAUGAAGUGUGUGCUUGAUGCCAGUGAGAAACUCAGUCUGGCAGGCUACAAAAUUCUACUCCAAGAAAUACCCAGCAACCUUCUGUUUGUUCCAAAGCAACUAGCUUAUCAUGCAAGCAAAUUUUGCUGACUCCAGGCUUUAUCUUUAGGAAAACAAAAAAACCAAAGUAUUAUCAGCAGGUGGGAAGGAUUUUUCUAUUGAAAAUUUUUCCCUGACAACUCAGUGUUUAGAAAAAAAUUAAAAUGUGCCACUUCCAGAGGUGCUGCAUUGCAGUUGUUCAGGGCUAGGGCCAGGCAGGACAAGGGAACAGGUGGGACAGGUGGCUCCUGCCUAAGGACCACCUCAGGCCACUAACCCCUUGUGGACAACUGUGAGUAGUUGGGUUUUCCCCCACCUGCUGUGUGACUUGUGUGCUUUGAGGUUGGAUUAACUUGUCUUCAGGAGCUAAUUAAUUAACUGUACAGCUCUCCCCACGCCCCACUCAUUCAGUCACUGCAUUUGGUCAGCCUGCUUCUUCGGGUCGAUGCCCUCCUUCCGAUUCUCCAUCUCCUUCAGGGGAGGUUGGGGCCCCACUGGACUGGGUGUCAAGAUGUGAAAGCUCACGGGAGCUUUAAGGAGACUUCAUGGUGAUUCCAUGCAGGUGGUUCUGCCAUCCCUGCUGAUUUAGCCUGGUGCCUGUGUGUGUCCGCUGACAUGCACAUGUGGGGUGGGGGGGAACGUGUCUACACAUGACGCUAAAUCAGUUGGGGUCUACUGUAAACAGCAUUGUGUGUAAGAAGCAUCGUCAAGCUCCCAGCUAAGUAACUUGACUACUUUUAUUUGGGAAUUUCGGACUAUAGAAACUCUCAUGUUUUAUGUCCAGAUUCUGUGACCAUUAGUUACUGUAUCAGAACUCAUCAGGUACCCACUUAUAAAUAGCACUGAUCUGUCUGUACUGAUCCAUCACUAACCUGUUUUCUAGGACCCAGCGUAUGUAGCAUUUGUAUUGCAGUUUCCCUGGCUUACUUGUGUUUUGCACUGAUGAAUUUUGACAGGGUAAUUGCCACUUUACUUGUGCAAUACUGCUGUAAAUAACUGCAGAUUUUUAAACAAUCUUUUAUGUUAAUUUUAUAAAAAUAAAACUUUCAACUAGU